CCUGCGUGGGAGCUCAGUUGACCGAUAAGCAUAUGCUCAGUAGUCACAAAGCCGAUCGUCCCUCCAUGUGCCGCUCCCAAGACAAGAGUGGCAGCUGCUGUCCAUCAGACACACCCCAAAAUGCACAUAGACGAUCUCUCCACACUGGACAGGCACACUUCACACCCUCCAUACGCCACAGUGACAUUGAGUGCCUAUCGCUUGUACUUCUGCAUAAUCUCUCUGACCUUCGGAUACUUUUCCGCUUCAUCCCACGGGGUCUUGCCCUGUUGUCAUGAGAUGAGAUGGGAGCAUCACUCACCCCAUCGAUGUGUGCACACCUGCGUGUACUCACCUCAUUGUUCUUGAUGUUGAGAAGCGACGAUCCGGCCCAGCAGCUGACUGGCCACCUCAACAAACCCCUUCCUGGCGGCCCAGUGCAGGGCUGUCAUACCAUUCUGCAUGGCGUCAUGCAUACAUGAACGUGUGCAGAGAGCGUUAAGAGAGUUAAGAAGAUCACCUUGCUCUGGUGAUUUAGAAUGGCCUUGCCGCCUUUCGAGAAAAUCACACGGACGACAUCCACGUGGCCCUCAAAAGCAGCACAAAGCAAAGGCGUUGCGCCAUCCUGCACCAACAGUUCGUGCAUGUGUAUGGGGUCAAAAGCGGUGUAUCUCCUUUACGUUGAUUUGCAUGGUAAGCUGACUGUCAUGACUCCACUCUAGCAGUUUGUUGAAAGCGUCAACACGCCCCCACUGAUUGAUACAAAAUAGUGGACAGCAUGUCGGAAUCCGCGUGUAUCCGCCUACCUGUGCAGCGACGUGGAUGGCAGCAUAACCAGUCUGUGGCAGACACAAACUACAUGUCGCAUGGCCCGUUUGAGACAAGCUGUGUUGUUCCCUACGGUCCCGGUUUGUUCCAGGAGGGCUUUCCCGCCCAUCUCGUACAUCACUUCAAGGACUUCCACACGGCCAUACUCGGCAGCCUGAUUCACAGAGUGCGGACAGAAGUGAGCGUCGUAGUAGCGGCAUCUGGCAGCUAGUCGACACAGUCACCUCCAUGAAGGGCGUCUUUCGCCACUGCACGACAUCAACAACACCGCAUUCUCGUACAAAGGCAAUGAUUGUUUCAUCCAUACGUUGCUGAAUCCUUCGCGUUCGUUGAGAAUGGUAGGCCCUUUCGCCUUCAACAAUGCUGAUACUGCGGACACGUCCCCGGCCGCAACCGCAUCGAAGAUGUCAGUCUGCACACGACCAACAAGGAUAGCGGCCCAUUGACGUGUGGAAUUCAGCUGCUGUCUCCCUGACGUAUUUGAUCUGCCGCUGUCGGGCGCUCGGCGGUGUCCUCAGUGACGGCUGCUGGGCGGGGGGCGCUAUAAGACACACACAGAGCAUCGAAGGGUGUGGCUCCCUCUGUGUAUCUGUGUGUGUGUGUUCCGCCGACCGAUGUGCUGUGACGGCGGCUGAGAGGUCUUGCUCAUCCUGCUCGGCGGCCCUGUCGUGGUGCUGGCCGUGCUCAUGUGGACACCCGAUGAACGGCCGACGGGAGACACAUCGGCGGGCGAAGCGGCGCCUGUAGUCAGGAGAAGACACAAUCACGACGGCGUACCACUAUUUGUGUGCUACUGAAGAUGAUAGAUGUACCUUGUUGUGUGAAGCCUCCAAACAGCCACCCCAGAGGGCCCUUCAGUGAUGGCUCAGCAGCGGCCUUGCCCGGUUGACUUGCGCCCGGAGUCGAGAUCCCCAGUUUAUCGAGAACCUGCCAUCAAGACGCGUCAAGCGUGUGCGCCUCCCUCUAUUUGCCGUCUCUGAUGCCAUGUGCGUCACCUGUUUGGCUGUCGGACGGUCACUCGCUUUGUAGGCGAAACAACUCUGAUCCACAAAGGGAGAAGAAGACAUGUAGUGCAUGGGGCCUCUCUGUGUUGUCUGUCGGUUUGCCUUGAUGGCACUCUUGAUGUGCGGCGGCAGAGAUACCGGGAUGUCAGGAAUCUGACACCAUGAGAGGGAGACACGAGUGAAUAAAAAGACUGAGGUGACUGCGCCCCGGGUACCUCUUUUUUGUCGACAACCUUCCGACUGAUCUGCAGGAUACCUUUGCCCUCAAACGCAGGCCGACCUGCAGAUUAUGCCUGUUGUCUCAUAUUGUGUCUUGCCUAUCCUUGGAUCUGCUGCUGACCUCCGUGAAUCUGGCCCAGUACUGGAGACGCACACAUACACAGAUGCACAGGAGAGAGGGGAUGAACUACUGCUUUUGACAUGUCUGUUUUGUGCAUGAGAUUGCUUACUGCGGCCCAAAGCCCAUAUGGCCGCCUUGACGGUCAGCUUGUCCACUGAAAAACACAACAAUACGGCCCUUCAGUAGCAUUGACUCCCUUUGCUUACAGUCUACUUCGAAGCCCUCGGGAGGCAUAAAGUUGGGAGUCCCGCCAACUGCAGUACAUGAGUCAUUUCUGCUCUCGUGAGCCGCACUGUGAAAGAUCUAUCUGCGUGUGACUACCUGCAGUCAGCGUUGUUUUUCUAUCAGAGCUGCGAAUCAUGCCGAAGUCAGAAAUCUUGAUGUUGUGGCCUUUAUCCAACUGACAAACAAGUGGGGCAACAACAAGAGUCCUGAAACUGUGUGGAAGAGAGGGUCUCUGUCUUGGCCGACCAGUAUGUUCUCGGGUUUCAGGUCUCUGUGGACGAUGUGGUUGUCAUGCAAAUACUGCACGCCCUCACAUAUCUGUCAGCGAAACACACACACACAUAGACAGGGGCACACACAAAUGAUAUGGAGACAUCAGAGACUCUGCAUGUCUGCUCUUCUGGACCUGCUUGGCGAAUCUGUCGCGCACAUCGGGCGGCAGCGGUCCGUUCUUGGCCAGAUAGGACGCCAGAGAGCCUCCCUCGCACAACUCUGAUGAGAAUGACAAGCAGACACAAGAAAGGACAAGGCGGAUGGACGAAAAGUGCGAAAACUCACUACCUAUGACGAUCAUGAGGCCGUGUUUGUCGUGUCUGCAUAUGCCCAGCAGCUGCACUAUGUUGGGGUGUCGCAGCUGGAUCAUCGGGAGGGCCUCUCUGAGCACCUCCAUGAACUGCGACUGCACACACACACACACACUCAUGGAAACAACAGACACAGGGAGACUUCCGAGCAGCACCUCUCGGUCGAGCUCUUCAUUUCCCUUAUAGAUUUUGACCGCCACGGGCCGCCCUCGCAGCUCUCCUCGAAAGACCACUCCGAAUCCACCACUCCCUAGGGAACAGGAUAAAACACACACACACACGGCAUCCAAUGCCCGUGGACUCCCCGUGGAGGUGAGUGUGCUGACCGAGCUCCUUGUCGCCCACAGUGAGAUCCUUCGGGUCGAUCACCAAAUCAGCAGCCAUUGAAGAGGGCUCGGAGGCCGACAAGGGCCGGGAACCUCUG